AUGCCUUUAGAACAACCUCACUACGAUCAUUUCCCAAAGAAAGAAGCCACUAUAAUAUUGGCCCCAUUCUCAGGUGGCCAAGGUAAAUCAGGUGUUGAAGAUGGUCCAAAAUAUUUAUUAAGAGCCGGUAUAAAAGAACAAAUUGAACAAUUGGGUUGGUCAAUUUCUACAAGUGAACCAUUAAAAAAUUCAAAUUUUGAAGAACGUAAAAAAGAUUCAUCAGAUGUUUAUGAAAAUUGUAAAAGACCAAAAAUCGUCGGAGAAGCUUGUGAACAAAUUUAUAAAAGUGUUAAAGAAGCGGCUUUUAAUAAUACUUUACCAAUCACUUUAGGUGGUGAUCAUUCAAUUGCAAUGGGGACCGUUGCUGGUACUUUUGCUAAAUAUCCUGAUGCUGGGUUGUUAUGGAUCGAUGCUCAUGCUGAUAUAAACACUCCAUUAACAACAGAUUCAGGUAAUUUACAUGGUUGUCCUGUUGCAUUUUUAAUGGGAUUAGAUUCUCAUUCUUAUCCUCCUGAAUUACAAUGGGUUCCAAAAGUGUUGAGUUCUAAAAAAAUUGCAUAUAUCGGAUUAAGAGAUGUUGAUGAAGGUGAAAAAAAAAUAUUAAAAGAUAAUGGAAUCACAGCUUUUUCAAUGUAUCAUAUUGAUAGAUAUGGUAUUAAUCAAGUUGUGGAAAUGGCUUUAAAAGCUAUUGAUCCAACUGGUAAAUGUCCAAUCCAUUUAUCUUAUGAUGUCGAUGCUAUCGAUCCAUUAUUUGUUCCUGCUACAGGUACACCAGUUAGGGGUGGGUUAACUUUAAGAGAAGGUUUAUUUGUUGCUGAAAGAGUUGCAGAAACUGGUCAAUUGAUUGCAUUAGAUGUUGUUGAAUGUAAUCCUUCUUUAGGUGUUAAUGAAACCCAUGUUGUGGAUACAAUCACUGCUGGUUGUGCAGUGGCAAGAUGUGCUUUAGGUGAGACUAUAUUAUGA